AUGAAAAAGGCUGUGAUAAAUGUCUGGAAUACAAAAAAUGUGAGUGUCAGAGGUUCAAAUGAUAGAAAUGUCAAUCUUAAAUAUGAAAACUGUUGGACGACUUUUCAUGAUAAACAUAAGAAAUCAAAUCAGUUAAGAAUAGUUAUGGAUGAUAUGAUUGCAAGAUAUAGAAUAAAUAGAGCACGAUAA